GCUCGACCUUCGCAGCAGCACCAUCAUGUUCUCGAAGAAGUCGAUCAUCGUCUGCGUCUGCGCCGUCAUCCUCGCCCUCCACGCCGACGCGGCGCCCGUCGGCGCCCACGCCCUGCGUCACAACCGCGCGGCCCAUGCGCAGCCCAAGCACGCCAUGCACGCCAACGUCAAGAAGGCAGCCAAGGUGACCAAGGCCGCCAAGAAGCGCGCCUUCCGCAAGAGCGCCAAGCAGGUGGCAGAGUGCGACGGCACACAAGUCAGUGUCCUCGGCGACGCCACGUACUGCAUCCAAGGCGACGUGUGCUCGGGCGAAUCGAACGCUGGCGCGUGUCCCACCAAGAGCUCUGCGCCGUUUGCCGACUGUGUGCCAGGCAUCCCGUCGUUUGAUCCGUUGACGCUGUCGUGCUCGCUGCCGGCCGACGCGGUCUGCUCAGACCUUGGCAACGGCGCCUUUGGCUGUGUCUUGACCACAGAGGAUGGCGUUAUCGCCGAUCUUCCGACGGAAGCCCCCACCGAUGCCCCUACGGACGCUCCCACGGACGCCGAAACCGAUGCCCCCACCGACGCCCCGACUGACGCCCCGACCGAGCUGACGGCGAGUGCCAACGAAGACGCGGCGACGUCUGAGACGCGCACGGAGGAGCCGACUGAAGCCACCACCGACGCCCCCACCGACGCUCCCACCGACGCGCCGACGACGGCUUCGACCGAGUCGGACGAGGUCACUGAUGCUCCCACGGAUGUCGAAACUGAUGCUCCUACGGACGAUGCUACGGACGCCCCGACUACCGCCGCGACCGAGUCGGACGAGGUCACUGAUGCUCCCACUGACGCCGAAACCGAUGCGCCCACGGACGCCCCGACUGACGCCCCCACGGAUGCCCCGGCGGCUGUGUCGAACUUUGCUUCGGUCCAAAGCGCCGGCGCGGCGUCCGCCAGCGUCGGUGUCGUGAACAUUGCUGCUGCUGCAGUCGCCUGCGCGGCGCUUGUCGUGGCGAUCGCGGCGGCGGUGCUUGCGACCAAGAAGAGCCGCGCGCCGGCGGUGGCCUCGGUCUUGCAGGACGAGGCUGUCGACGAGGUCACGGCUGUCAAGGCGCAGGACGACGAUGUGGCCGUCGAGGUGUUGGAGUGCUAA